GGUUUGUCCCAUCGCCGCCGCCGCCGGGUCUCGAUCCACCUCGGGAUCCCCUUCUCCUCCUUUUCCUCCACCCACCAACGGGAGCCCGAGCUCCUUCUCCCCGACCCCGAGCACUUGAUCCACCUCGCCGGUGCCGCCUCCUCCAAAUCCGAUCGGGAGAGGAGUUCCCGAUCUGAAGCUUCCUUGCGCCCGCGGUCCAGCGUGCCCGUACCAAGGCAUCGCCUCUUCCUCCUCUGCCCGACGCCCACCAUCCUCGCAGUCUCCUGCAGCCUCCCGUUGCCGCGACCCCGUUCGCCUCCUCGAGCCGAAGCUCGCGCCGCCGGCGACAGCAACAGCAACAUCGUCGUCGCCCUCCUCCUCUCCUUCCGUGCGCGCGUCCACUCAACCCCAUCGCCCUCCGUCUUCAUCGUCGUGCCGCCCGUGCUCCUCCGCACUGUCCAACAGCAGCAGCGUACCCCAGCGCCCGCUCCUUUUCUCCGCUCGCGGCACCAAGCCCGCGCCUCCCGUCGCCAAACGCCACUGUGGCCAGCCGCCGGAGCCCGACUGGACCAUGCUGCAGCUCCUCUGCCUCCUUCCUUUCUCUCUUUCUUCUUCUUCUCUGUCGUUUCUCUCUCCCUCCCUCAAGCUUCGCUCUCUGUCUCUCAACGCAGGAAGCCCGCCAUGGACAGCGUCUCUCCAGCGGCUCGCGUCGCCUACUUCGCUCCGGAUCUGACUCCCGCCGCCUCGAUCCGGUCGCUGCCGUCGCACCAAGCUCCGCCGUCGCCUGCCCGCGUCCCCGUCGCCCGCCUCUGCUUCCCCUGCUCCAGGUCGAUGCGCCUCGCUCACGUUGACCCACCCUGCCUCGCUGACCCGCUCGCUCGCCAGCUGCAACGACCGUGUCCUGGGCCUCAAGCCAGGAGCAGCCCAGGGACCGGCCUCCUCCAACCCUUGCACCGAUCUGGGCUUGGCCCAUGUUCUCGGUUUCGUUCCGAAGUUGUGAGGAUCCGUUCGACGUCAUCCGUUUGUCUUUUUCAUGGACUUUAUCUUCUUCCUAGCGGGAUUUCAGUUGCAGGUGCCGAUGAUACCAGUGCAGGUGACGCAACCGAGCUCAAGUGGGAGUUCGACGAGGACCUUGGUCAUAGCUUUGUCUCUUUUCCUGACGAUUAGUAGUGAUGCCCAGUUGGGACGAUCGGGGAUCUAGCAGUUGGGUCUAUCUUCUUUUCUUUUGGAUUUUUCCGUAGUCGGACUAUGUGUGUACUCUGAUUGAUGUAUGAUUCAUUUAUGUAUUGUGUGAA